GCUGUCGGCGCGUGACGCGCACGCUGCGGUAUAAAAGCGUGCUGAGCGCGAGCCCAGCCCUCUCGGAUCCCACGGCCGGCCGGCAAGAUGGCGCCGCAGAAAGACAAGAAGCCUAAAAGGUCAACCUGGAGGUUUAAUUUGGACCUUACUCAUCCAGUAGAAGAUGGAAUUUUUGACUCUGGAAAUUUUGAACAAUUUCUUCGGGAGAAGGUUAAAGUCAAUGGGAAGACCGGAAAUCUCGGGAAUGUUGUUCACAUUGAACGCUUCAAAAACAAAAUCACUGUUGUUUCUGAGAAACAGUUCUCUAAAAGGUAUUUAAAAUACCUUACUAAGAAGUACCUGAAGAAGAAUAAUCUUCGUGAUUGGCUUCGAGUGGUUGCAUCUGACAAGGAGACUUACGAACUUCGUUACUUCCAGAUUAGCCAAGAUGAGGAUGGCUCAGAAUCUGAGGACUAGUUGGCUUUCUGUGUCCGGCAUUGCUUUUUUACUAAAUGAUAUGUGAAAAGGAAAUGUCUAGAGAUGCAGUGAAUAAAAAUUAUUGUAUUAUGA